GGGUUGUUUUUGUUCUGUUUUAUUCUUUUUUUUACAUCUCUAGGAUUCGUAUUUUCCUUGUUGCUGCAUUUCAUUUUGCUGUGACAACAAAAACAAGACACACAGGGUUUCUUUUUUAAGGAAGGGUUGGUGUCUUCCAGUUUUGUGACAUCAAAACCCGGGGGGAUCUGAACAACAUCGUGUAGAGGAAAAGUCGCUGUAAGGACAUGGGAACUGAUGGCACUGGCUGCAUCAAUUGCCAUGUUGUACAAUAUUGCUGCUCUGCCUGCCUGCAAACGGCUGUGGGAACUGCUGUGCUAAAAUAGGGAUUUGCCAUGGAAUGUUUUUCAAAGAAGCAGCCUACAAAAAACAGAUAUACCUGUUCGACUCUCGAGGUGUGGAUGAUCAUGGGAGAGCAACUGUUAAAGAACAGCAUCCUUGAUCAAUUUAUUAAUAGCCAUGAGCAGUCUUAUGAAGAAUUUCUAAAUACAUUCACAUAUCUUUUGAAAGAGAAAGAGGAAAAGACAAUUCAGGAAAGUAAAGUGGACUCCUUAAGAGAAAACUGUUCUACUUCUGAAUUAAAGAGAAAUAAACAGGAUGGCUCAUGUGAAAGAAGCAAAGAAAUGUGGAUUUCAUUUCCACCACGGAUGCCAAAUGAGAAUGAGACAGUGAUGAGUGAGAGCUCAACAGCUGGUGUCUGUGAUGGAAGUAAUCUCAGUCUCUCUGAAAGAGUGAAGCAGGUGGACAAGUACUUACACUUGGAAGAUGUAGACACAGAUGAAGAGACAUGCAGUGGGUCAUUAGUUCUCCCAGGAGAGGUGGAACAGACAGUGACUUGCUGUACACCCUUCUUUGAUAAGCCUGUUCAGCCAAAGUUCAGAGCCUUGCCAGUUCCCCAGCCAUCAGACAGCAAAGCCCAAGAGCUACUGGGUGAUGAUGUUCAGCCAUUCUCACUUGAUGAAGAAUUUGAUUAUGACAAUGUGGCACUGACCCCUAAGUUCUCUGGAGCUGAGCUGCAGGCCAUUAUUGAGUUGUCUGAAGAGAAAACGGGCACAGAUGUCAAAUCAGCACGAGCUGAAGACUGAGUCAGAGGUGUUCUGUGCAGGGCUGUUGGAAUGACCUUUUUAUGGGAUGAGUAGAGCUGCUCGUUGUACCCUUAUUUACUGUUCUUAUCUGCACGGCCACUAAAUGACAUCCCUGAGAUUUGUCAUUUAUUCUGUCAAGGUGCCUUGGAUCCUGUACUGGCUCAGGAUGAGUGUGCUGGAGUGACUUCUCUAUAGGAGCAGAACAAGCUGGUGGAUUUCAGAAUAGCAUCGUGGCUACUCUUGCUUAUAUCUGGUACUGACUCUGUUCCUGAGUAGUACAAAGCUGGUCCUAAAGCUGUGUUUUACCUCGUUCUCUCAGGAAUGCAGUUAAGAGUUCAUUAACAGCUGACAAAUCAGUCUAUGAACUCUUUAAAUGUAUAGAGAUACAUAAGUGAAUAAAUCUGGGUGUAUUUUUUUCUCUGUCUUUUGAGUUACUUCAGUUCUGCAAAAAAUAAAUAUUCCUGUUUCUAACAAACUUUUUGUGUUGAUCAAAAUUGAUGUGGUACAACUCCUAAAAUUAAAACAGUAACUGCUCAAACCACCCUCCCCCUUCUACACAGAGGGAAAAAUAGCAAUCUCAUCCAUUAAAGGAAUUGACAUUGAAAGGCUGUCAGAUUUUACACUUUUUUCACAGGAGAUUAUUCCAAAUAACAGCUUAUAGCUUACAGUCUGCAUCACUGAAACACAGCAAGCUGGGGCUGAGUAAAGGUCAGCAAUAUGGGUGGGAGAGAGGAGUGUGCAUCUCUGACACAAGAUAUGUACUCCUCUGAAGGGUUUAGAAUCUUCUGUUUUCAGCUAACUGGAGAAGCUUUGCUCUUGAGGCUUUGUUUAACAUCACAAUGCUGCAUUGCAUUUUCUGGUAUAUAACUGCAUUCACUGAAGUUUACUGACCAACACUUUGUCCUUGACCUCUCUCUGUUAUUUCUGAAGUGGGUGAUUAGCAUGAUAAAUAUGGGAAGAGUGCCUGAGCAGACUGACAGGGCACCAAACCAUAGAUUUGUUUAAAGGUUGUGGAUGAAUUUUCUGUGGCCGGUGUGCUGCUUCAUUGUCAGUAAUUUAUAAAAGCAAAGAAAGGUCUUCUGAUGUUCCAAAGGCGAUUUUCUGGAUCAGUGAUUUUGUAAACCAUAAUAAUGCUCCCCUGAAAUCUGAAUAGCAUUGGUUUUGAGGAAUGGUAUUUACCUUGAUUAGGGGAUAUAAUUUAGGAAUGAGAUUCCAAAAAAAACCAGAAAAGGAAGAGCUCUUAAAGAAGAUAGUUAAGGAGACUGAUAAAAAAAUCACAAUUAUAUUGUAUAGAAAAACUGAUUUGUACAGGACCUUGCUGCCAGAAGGUAAUGAGAAUUUUUUUUAAUAUCUACUCUCACGAAGAUGCCUGUGCUGUAGUUAAAAUGUUUUUUAAAAUGCAAUUGGCUGUGUAGCAGAUUCUGCUGGGUAUUCUGAAACUUUUUUUUAAUGUGAAUUAAUUUUAAUUCAAUAAAGUGUUUUGUGGGAACCAA